UGGACCUCAUACCGCGGGCUUCUUCAUGUCCGCCUCUCGCCCCCUGGAGGCAACGCAGCUGCCCGGGACUCUGUCGCGGUAAAUGUGUUCAGUGGAGGAGGAGGAGGGGGGGGGAGAUGUCGCGCGGUUGAAAGCUGUUGACCCGAACUUCCUUUUAUUUUUCUGGACACUUGAGUUAGAAAAGAGCACAUUUCAUCAUAAUGCUCCGUUUUCACACUACCGACGAACCAAUUGAGAGCAGCCCCGUGUGGAAACGGCGUCCAGGAGGCAGAGUUGAGUGUGAAGCAGUCCGAACACGGGACAGGACCAGGAAACCUUCAUGUGGUGUAGCAAAGGUUUCUGGAUCCAAAUGUCAAGGACAAGAGACUCUUUUUCUUUCGGAACCACCAGUGUGUGACGUAAACGGGAAAGGACAUCUCAUGAUGACUCUCAUCAAUGUGUCAGUGUUGAGUGAAUAAAGCGCUAUAUCUGAAGGUAAAAGGAGAGACCGUGUGAAAAUAUGGUUAACUUAACAUAUGUUUCAAACCUCAACAAUCGUCAGAGUCUGCUGAAGGACCUGCAUUUUUUAAUGAGACUGUUGGUCUUGUGUUGGAACACUUUGGACAAUUGUUACUAAGGGAUUACUUCAGACCUGAUACCAGGCUAUUUAGCCAAAAUGUAAUGACUUUUUUGCUGGAAUUUUCAAAGAACAGUUGUUUUUUAAACUUUUGUUUAUGAUUUUAUGUACUUUUUGGAUCUGUUUGAAAUGGAGAUACAGUGCCGUUUAUGGAAUAAGGACUGGGCCACCUUUAUAAGGCCAUGGAUACCUAUACUGUUAGGCCUUCACCUUCAGUUCUCACGCGCCUCCAACUGUCCUGAGGAGUGUCGCUGUGAUCGCACCUUCAUUUACUGCAAUGAACGGAGCCUGACCUCAGUGCCUCUAGGAAUUGGUGAGGGUUAUAAGACCCUCUACCUCCACAACAACCAAAUCAAUAAUGCUGGGUUUCCUGUGGAGCUCCACCAUGUUGCUUCUGUGGAAACUGUGUAUAUCUAUGGCAACCAGCUGGAUGAAUUCCCCAUUAAUCUGCCCAAAAAUGUGAGGGUUCUACAUCUGCAAGAAAACAACAUUCAGACUAUCUCCAGAGCGGCUUUGGCUCAGCUUCUUUGGCUGGAGGAGCUUCAUUUGGAUGAUAACUCCAUUUCGACUGUAGGGGUGGAAGAAGGGGCCUUUCGUGAGGCGAUUAGCUUGAAGAUGCUCUUCCUUACCAAAAACCACCUCAGCAGUGUGCCUAUCGGUCUCCCAGAUGAUCUCAAAGAGUUGCGAUUGGAUGAGAACAGAAUUGCAGUCAUCGCAGAGGAGGCUUUCAGUAAUGUCACAAGGCUAGAGCGCCUCCUGUUGGAUGGAAACCUUUUGACAGAUGAAGGGAUCGCACCAGGGACCUUCAAGGAUCUGAUCACUCUAAGAGAACUGUCCCUGGCCCGCAACUCACUCACAUACCCUCCUCCAUUCCUCCCUGGGGAGGUGCUCGUCAAGUUAAACUUUCAGGAAAAUCAGAUAAACUACAUCCCUGUCAGGUCAUUUGUAGGGUUGCACAAGUUGGAGAGACUGGAUAUUUCAAACAACCAGUUGCAGUCUCUGACACAGGGUGUCUUUGAUGGUCUUGUCAGCCUGAGACAGCUCACUGUACGGAAUAACCUUUGGUUAUGCGACUGUAGUAUCAAGUGGGUGGUGUCGUGGCUUAAAUCUCUGCCUCCCUCACUCAAUGUGCGUGGUCUCAUGUGCUAUAAACCGGAAAAGUUACGGGGAAUGGUGAUCAGGGAGCUGAGCGCGGAGCUGGUCCAGUGCCAGAGCACAAAGACAGAACCCUUCUCCACCUCAGCAACUGAUUCUCUGCUGAUCCCGUCCUUGUCACCUUCAGCAGACCCCACUGUCAUCACUCAUGUUUCCUCCUUCACCAGGAAACCCUUCCCCAUAUUACCCACCCUCUACUCUGUCUAUACAACCAGAGAGGGAGCACUGAGGACUAAACAACCUAUUCAUCCCCGGAGAGACACAGUACAGGUUACAUUUGCCAUACUGAAUGGCUCAGCUAUCCACGUCAGCUGGGAGGCGGCCUUUCCUGUCACUGCCUACAAGGUGACGUGGGCCAGGAUGGGCCCCAGUCUGACAGGGGACACUGUCAGAGAGAGAAUAGUGGGUGGGGAUCACCGUGGAAUCCGCCUGGCUAAUCUCGAGCCAAAAUCCACCUAUCGUAUCUGUGUCAUUCCCUUGGAUGCAUUUAAUAAUUACCGGCCAAAAGAUGACACUGUGUGCUCUAUAGCCAUGACCACACCAGCAUCCUUCAGCCGUGACAAUAACAAAAAUCUGCCAGGGCCGGAGCAGGCCACACAAAAAGAACCCAGCUCAUCUUUGUUGCUGGCUGGGCUGAUCGGUGGGGCUGUGACUCUGGUCCUGAUCAUUCUCCUCAGCAUUUUCUGCUGGCAUGUGCACAAGAAAAGCCACUCCAAGUCUUCUACCAAGUGGAAAUAUAACCGGGGUCGGAGAAAAGAUGACUACUGUGAGGCAGGCACCAAGAAAGAUAAUUCUAUUUUAGAAAUGACCGAGACCAGCUUUCAAAUAGUCUCACUCAACAAUGAGCAGCUCCUCAAGGGAGAUUUGCACAUUCAGCCUAUUUACACACCUAAUGGGGGCACUGGCUUCAGAGACUGCCCCCUGGGAGACAACAGCACAGUCUACUGCAAGAACAAUGUUCAACAUGCAGAAUUGUGUUGCACAUGAUAGUUUUAGGGAGCAUCAGGAACAUUUUUACUGACUACUACCCUCACUUUACUGGACACUGUACAGUGUUAAUAUAAUUUUAACCCUCUGUGGCUUCAAGAAAUGUAAUUUAUACAAGUUGCUGGAUGUAUCUUUUAUACAAACAAGAUUUGUUUUUAAGCUAUUAAAUUGUGGGGUUGUCUAGUUGGCGUCCUGUGCAGGAUCCACACUGUAGGUGGAUUAUAUAUUGUACUGAAACCAGGUUGUCUUUCUUUCUGUAUGACUCGUUCAGACCUGAUAUUAAUACCUGUCCUGAGUGAUCUGAUCAUGUCUAAAUAAGUGUUUCCCAAACUUUACCACUUUUUAAAGACUAAAACUAUCAUGAUCCAAAUAAUAUAAAUUAAUCUGUGCAUAAUUGAGAAAGUAAUUUACAGCCAUAUCUGUAAUAUCUAGCGUAAUUUUGCAUUAGUGAGCCUAAAGAUGUUUGGUAAAUUUAUUUAAAAUAAAUAAAUUAAGAUUUCAUUUUAUGCAUAUUAUUUAAAACAUACAUGCAUCUUCACCCUUAAGGUUAAGAAAGUUUUACAAGUCUGUUUGGGGACCCAAAAAAAUCCUCUGCUGUCCCAUCAUUGGGUCUUGACCCAGUCUUUCAGAACUGGUCAAGAUUAUGCUUUGUACUGGAAUGAAUGCUCCUUAUCCAUUCUGAAUAUGUCAUCAGAUCUGAUCACAAGAUACACAUGUGGAGGUGGUUUGAGGAAGCAUGUGGACACUUUCCUGAGCCAAAUGAAUGAUUAGAUGACCUAUUAAAGAAAAUCUUACCACAAUAUACUUUCAAACAAAAUAUCUACUGUUUAUGAUCUGUAUUACAUUACCUAAGAAACCACUUAUGACCUUUCCAUCGUCUUUAUCCCCCACCAGAGGGUACCUGCUUUAUUUCUUUGGCUUUUUAAUGUUAAAUGAAGGACAUUAACAUGUGAUAUGUCCAAAAUCUAAGAACAUAUCUUGUCUCAUGUCACCAUAUAGAUAUAAUGUCCAUCUAAUUUGUAGUGACCGACACAUCAUACACAGCAAUUGUCACUAUUCCUUUUCACUAUGGUUAAUUUCAUGUUACUUGCACAGAAAUAAAUAUAGAGUAUUUGAAUAUGAUGCAAAAUGAGUGUACAGUCGUACUGAAAACUGCACACGGGAUCGGAUCACCAAGGCCAGAUUUUAAAACCAGGUCCGAACAAAGCCUAUAAGAGGAGAAAAGAGUCUACCACACCCCUGCCACAAUGACCAGUAGAGGGCAUAUUUUCUGGAAAUGUAUGUUUUUAAUCAAGUCAUCAUAGUAAUAUGGCACAUUUGCAUAAUUACACCCAUAUUAAAUAAAGAAAUGCUGAUCAUUAGACCUCAGUUGUAGGAAGAAUACAUAAUUUGAUGCAAAUGGAAUUCCUCCAUUUCAGAAGGAAAUGUAAAGGUCACCCUCAUUAAACGUACAGGAAGUGACAGGCCACCGAGCUUUUAGCUACUAUUCAAGUUGAAUUCAUGAUCACAGUUUAGGGAUCGUGCCAUUAUCACAAGUUAUGUUUUAUGGUGGGAUGCCAUCAUUUGUAUGUAAAAAUCCAUUAAUCAAUGUACACCCACACACACAUCAGUGAUGUCACAAGUAUUGCAUUAAUCAUUGUGAUUAAAUUCUAACUAUUCAAACUUUAAGCAGUUGAAGGGACACCACCAUGGGAUUCAGACACUCGCUUUCACUGAAUACAUGUCUGCCGGGAGGGACAGAAGGGAACACUGAUUUUAGCCAGUUAACAAAAGGCUUGCUUAAUAAUAUCUUCACCUGUAAAGUUCUGACAUUGUGCUGGGCGGUAUGACAAAAAAUGUAUAUCACUGUAUUUUUUUAAAUUGCAGCAGUUUCAUGGUAUGCAAUGGUAUUUUUAUAUACAUGAGCAUGAGUGAGUGCUCCAGCUAGAGAGAGGCGCAAUUGAGUUGAGAGUGUUUGUGUUGUUGGUACUGUGACUUGUGUUUUCUGCUAAGGCGGUGGAAGAAAUUGCUCAUUCCUUAGUUACUACCUCACAAAAUGUAUAACGUACUAGAGAUCAAGACUCGAGUAAAAGUACAAGUACUCUAUCAAAAAGUGACUUCAGUAGAAGUCGAAGUGUUCUUAAAGCACCACACUUAAGUGGAAGUACUAAAGUAUUCAACAUUUGUUGUACUUAAGUAUUGCAAGUAGUUUAUUUUAAAAAUGUAGUACUUAAGUGCUGAAAGUAAAAGUACAAUUAUUGUGUUAUGUAGUUGUUACCCAUUUAAAAUUGAGAAUAGGUUGAGUUUCUUUCGGCCCCAAGGCCUCUAAUCAUACGCUGGACCGACCAUUCAGUUGGUCCAUGUACACCACAAUCACUUGAAGAAGUUAAAGGUGGUGUUUCUGGUUCUUCUUCCAUCUCGAAAAUAACCUUUAAACUAGCAAUUUAAGUGUUCUCCAUGCAGGCAGGCAAGCAGUGAAAGGCGGAACAACAGCAUGCGCUGUCUCCUUGUCGACAGAUUCGUAAAACAAUUUUGUAAUUGUAAUGUAGCACAUGAAAAAUGUAUCGGAGUAAAAAUAUCAAACUCAACGGAAAUAUGUAAUAAAGUAGGAGGAAAAAUACUCCAGUAAAGUAAAGUACAGAUACAGUGGAAUACUUCUACUUCUAUACAUCUCUGCGUCCACAGUUACCUCUUCAG